AUGUACAUAGAAGCAUCCAGUCCACGAAAACGAGAAGAUAAUGCAAAAUUGUACAGUCCUCCACUGACAUUCGCAAGGCACAUGUGCCUUGAAUUCUAUUACCACAUGUCUGGUGUAGCUAUUGGAAGCCUGAAAGUCACCAUAGAUGAAAAAGUAGUGUUCUCUAGAAGCGGCCAUAGAGGAAACAUUUGGUAUAAAGUCAGUAUAAAUGUAUCAGCUAUUGUGGGAUUGCAUUGGGUAAUAAGCUUUUAUUGUUUUUACCUCUCUUAAUCUAACUAAGCCGAGAUCCUCAACGAUGGGAAAACGGUGUUCACUAAAGGUAGUAAUAGAUGAAGUAAAUAGACACUAAGGAAUAUUUGAUCAUAUGUUUGUAAUAAUUUUACUUCGGCUUUGGAGUCUAAGCAGGUUCGAAAUCUUACUUUAGUCAUGAAUUUCUGCUUUUUGCACUUGUCAGUUAAAAAGAAGGUGAAAUAGUUGACUCGAUCGAUCGACUGCUACUAUUAUCAGGCUGCAUCUUAAGCUGAAUCUUACCAUUAGUUUUAAUUUGACACAGUUAAGUAUAUAUAUCAUUUGAUAAUAACAUUUUGUAACUAAUUUCAGUACAACAUAUAUUAGUUUCUCUUCAAGUCAUGAAUUAACAGCAGCGCUUUCGGACUGAUUAUACAUUCAUAGAACAGUGUAAUACAGCAGUACACGCUUAAGUAAUUUAUACACAUUUCGAGCCAUUGCAGCGCGGGAUUGAGUGGGGUUUUUUAAAAUUUCCUCACGUACCAGUUAUAUUUGUGAGAAAGCUUCGCGUGGUUCAGUUUUGUCUGUUAUUAUAAUUAUACAGACGUGAUUAAACAAACCAGGCAACCCCAACUGCGAUUACAGACUGAAAUAGACUUCACUCAUUCCUAUUACCCUGCAGUAUCUAAAUUAUCAGAAUUAUUUUCUUUUAUCACAGGUGACAUUUGAAGGGGUAGUUGGCAACGGUGACAGUGGUGACAUAGCAAUUGACGACUUCUCCUUGACAGCCGGGUCUUGUGCUUAUGGUAGGUAG